CCACUACGACCGUUAUCAUUUAAAGGCAAAAGUUAUGCUCAGUAUAGUGUAGCGCGUCAAGCUGAGAGCAGUUCAUUAACACUGAGUCUCUUCUUGCGGACCAGACAUCCAGUAGGAACAAUUGUUUUUGCUGCUGGCGAUAUUGACUUCAGCAUAUUAGAAGUGGCUAGUGGCCACAUUCAGUAUCGAUGGGACUGUGGAAGUGGUGAGGGUUUGGUAAGAGUAUCUGCAGUAAGAGUUGAUGAUGAUCAGUGGCACUUUAUCAAUCUGACCAGAGAAGGGACAAUAUCAACUUUAAGUGUAGAUGGUGACAUGAGUUCUGGGGCUGCGCCGGGGGAUAAUGAUAUACUCAACGUUGAUUCAGACUUCAUUUUCUUGGGCGCCACUAUCAGUAGAGACCGCAGCUCCAGCAUGUCUUCAUACCAUAACAGCUUAGGCUUCGCAGGAUGUCUGGACCAAGUAAACAUUGACCAAGUAGAACUUCCUGUAGCCAUGACAGCAUCUUCGUCUGGCGGUGCAAUACUCAAGCGACUUGCGAAUGUUGAGCUUCAGUGCCCAGAAAAUUUGGCUGCUGCUGGCGUCUGUGGCUCUCACCCCUGCCUAAAUGGAGGAACAUGUGUAGAAAGUGGCAGUAGCUACAAGUGCACGUGUCCCCAGCGGUUUUCUGGAGUGCAGUGCCAAAUUGACACAGCCCCCUGCUCCUCCUCACCUUGCCUUAAUGGAGGCAAAUGCGUCGUUGUAGCCCACUCCUACAAGUGCAGAUGCCCAUCGAAGUUGAGUGGAAAACGUUGUGAAUACGGUGUGCACUGUAACCCUAACCCCUGCCAGAAUGGCGGCCGGUGCGAGGAAGGUGCUGAUGGCCCGAUAUGCAAAUGUCAACAUUUUACAGGGGCAAUGUGUCAGUUAGACAUUGAUGAAUGUACUCAUAAUCCUUGUCAAAAUAGUGGCACUUGUCUCAACUUUUACGGAGGUUUCAAAUGUAUAUGCUCCCCAAAUGUUACUGGUGAGUAUUGUACCGAGCCUUUGCAAAAGCUGAAAGAGAUAGAUCCCUCCCUAAACAUCACCCUUGAGGAACUUGUGUGCAUCCUGGCAGUAUUUUUGGGGUGCGUAGUGGCCAUGCUAGUGCUCGUGGCGUGGCAGCGUCGGCGCUGGAGACACAAGCGCCACCAGCAGAACAACCGGAUUAAGCUCACCGAGAACCACGUUAAGAAUGACCUCAAAGCUAACGAUGCUCCAAAAAGAAAUUCCAAAAUCUGCAAUGUGGAGGCUGAUCAGGGCCCUCCGCUGCCUCCGCGUCCGGCCUCUUACACUCCAUCUGGCACCGACUCCGCCAUACUGAACACGCUCAAACACCUGGCUGACCUUUCUGCCGACCACGAGAACCUGGAGCUGGAGACACUGUCUAGGCGUUCCCAUGAAUUCCUUCACAGCCUGAAUAAACCUGUGGUGGCGCCUCCCAGUUUGUCGCCUCCGCCUCCCUCCAACAGUGACACGGAGUCACUGCAAAAGCCCUGGGACCACCACAACAAUCUUAAUGACUCCUACUUCAUGCCCAUCAAGGAUAUAGGAUGCGACCUGGUAACUAACAUUGACGAGAACCGAGCUCCCAGCCGCCUGUCGACGGUGUCAGAUGAUUCAUCAGUGCGCCGAAGGGGGUCGUCACCUCCUGCCGUGCCGCCUCUGCCCCGCCCGUCGCUCCUGGGCCGCCGGGGCAGGACCCUCCCGGGGCACCCCCUCGAAGUGAACGCCAUAGAUCCUGCUCCCUUCGUUGGUUCCCCCCACGCAAGCGCCCCCGGUGUCGCGGACGGGUUACCUGCUAGGAAUGUCACGGGUGAUAGUUCGCCCCGUUAUGGAUAUCCUCCGACUCAGGCCAAGAAAAAAGGUUAUCACUGGGACGACUAUGAUUUACGAGGAUCCAGGACUUUGCUAGGAAACGGAGCGUGUGCGGCCACGCCCGACCUGCUGCUGCUGCCCAGAGAGCUUCCUCCUGCGGCGGCGCGGGCGGACGACCAGGCCUUGGAGGGCCGGCCGCUCAUGCAGGGCCUUAAUCAUUUUGGGACGAAGGUAGGAAACCCCGAGGAAGAAACGGCAGCAACUCCCCUGCUCUCCAUUGACGUGAGAGACAUAGAUGUUGAGGAGGAUGACGAGGAGGAAAAUGAUAUCGAUGGUGAUGAUCCUUGCAGUUUUGAAGAAAUUCUCUUGGCCAAUAACAUUACUUUAGGGUCGAAUUGCGAACUCAACCAUGCUGCUAAGUACAAUAUUGUGUCAGACUUAGAAGAGGACAUCCCUGAACCACAGACGAAGAUCUUCAACGUGCCUUGUUCUCUUGAGGAGGAUGCGAAUAAGCUCGGGAGUCCUAGGAGUCGCCGUCCCUUUCAUCGCACAGACUAUGGGCGAGUUUCGGACUUGUCCUUCCUUUCCGCGCUCGAGGAGGAUGACGUCGAUGACUCUCUCUCGGAACUGCAAGACUCGGAUUACGAACCAUUAGACAGACCGAGAGGCCAACAGACAGCAACGUUAAUUCAGACGUCUGUGUCUGAAGUCUUUUUAUAGCCAGCUUAAGUUUUACUGCCGGUCAGGAUUAUGUAAUAUUUGUCCACUAGAGAACGAGUUCACGAAGAAAAGUUCGAGAAAUGGAUAGUGAGACAAGAUCAUGUGAGCGCUGUAGAUUAAAACGUGGUGCUGCAUUUGGAUAAGGACACAUCUUUUUGCUGGGGAAUAAUGUCUCUUAGGAAGAUAGUAACCGAGAAAAAAUGAAUGUGAACGCACAAGAUAUAAUAAUUGUGCUACGUCGGUGCCUUCUGGUCCAGUGAUGGGUUGUAGGCUGAACAAAUAGGUAUUUUUUACUUUAUUGUUUAUAUAUACAUAUAUACUUAUAUUAGCUUCACUUCUUUCCAGCACCUUUUGCAUUUAUGGAAGAUAUUUUAUAGGAAAAGACAAACGAAAAGGAAGAUAUAAUUGUAAAUAAGUAUAAUUUUUCACCUUGCGGAAUUUUAUUCAAUGUAAUGCUGGGUAUCCGUAAUACACCAGAUGUACGUGUGUAGCUCUGUCCAAAAAAGAGACCAAUUCUGUUACGGGAUCAGAGUGACAGUGGUCAUCCGUAAUUCCUGGUAUUAUUUGUAUACAGUGAAAUCUACUUCCCAACACCACUAUGAAGUAUUUAUGUUUUUGUGUAGUAAACUGUAUGUAAUCAUUUAACCCAACUCGUUAUACUAAAGCACAAAUGAACCCUAUUUCAAUGUUUGUGUAAAUGGAAGUCGUUAGAUUUUCUAUAUAUAGGUAGAACAAUCUCUGCAUGUUUAUUUUCAGUGUCAAAUAAAAUUCCCUUGGGAAUUCAAGUGAUCAGGGAUGGCGGACUUUAAAGAGCCAUAACAGACGAAUAAUUAUUCAGUGUGUCGAGGUGUACGGUUAUUGCUAACACACACUUUAAAACUGUCAAUCAUUAUGAUACUGCAUUUCCUCUGGACUAGUCAUGUUGAUACAGAGUAGAAAAAGUGCCUAUGCAAGAGAUGAUGAAAUUCCAGGAGAAACCAUGUAAGUAAAAUUAUAGAUAUUGCUAUUUUGUCUGUAGCAACUGGCCAUUAGUAAUUUCCUUCCGUCGAGGGAAAUCAAGGAAUCGGAAUUACAUGGACUUUCCUAAAAUUAAACUAGGUAGCUUUAGAGUGUUUUAAUGAAUCAAUGAGUAGUAAUGAGUAGCUUAUUUGUAUUAUAUGAUUUAGUACUAUUUGAUGUGCUCCAUCUUUUCAUUCUAUGAUAAAGACAUAAAUUAAUCUGAUUGGCAUAUUGAUUAUAGGAAACUGUUGUCACAAAAGAUUAUUUUUGUAAAAAAAGUACUUGUGUAAAUAAAGUUGUUGUCCCA